AUGGGUGGCAAAAGAAUUCCUUGUUUGAUAUUUUUGGUAACUUUGCUUUGUAUUUCAUUGGCAAUCAUUUUGGAUUAUAGAAGUGCUGCAGAAGAAGCAUUUCUUAAUGUAUUAGUUGAUCCAUCAACUGGGGAGAUCAAUGAAAAUCGGGUGGGAUUGUUAUGGAUAAAUUGCAGACAAGAUUUGAAUGAUUUACUGUAUGCUUUUGUAGACCCCAAAUUACGCCGUCUAGAGGAAAUACUCUCCAAUGUUAUCCAUACGGCGGGUUACUCAUCGGCAAAAGAAAACAUUCGGAACUUGGUUAAUAUUCGCCAUCCCGAGUUAAAGCAUGUUCUUUCUAAUUGCAUAAGAAAUAAUCAUCUUAUAUUCCAAGCAUCUGAGGAAGAUAGUAAGCCUUCGUACACCAGAUAUGUCAAGUUAUUAUUUCGCAGGCAUGAUGUUCCUAGAAGGAUUUUAGGCUCUAAGAACACUGAAGAAGCCCCUGACUCGGACUUAGGCCCAUCACCAUCACCAUCCCCAUCAUCAUCCCCAUCUCCAUCUCCAUCAUCAUCACCAUCAUCAUCCCCAUCGUCAUCCCCAAAUCUGGCCCCAGCCCCUUCUGAUUCCAAAGUUCCCGAAUCUGAAGCUGCUGAUUCCAAAGCUCCUGAUGUUAGGCCAACUCCAUCAAAACGUCCACCAUUUUCACUCCCUCCACCAGUUCCUACACGUUCUAACCAACAUCCACCUCCAGUACUUAGUCCUCAGAACAAUUCACAUCACGAUGAAGGUCAUUUGGAAGAAAAAGGAACUAGCUUGAGAACACUUAUUAUUGCUUGUAUUGUGACUGCAUUAGUAACAGCCAUGGCUGCAUUGUUGUUCCUCUCUUUAUGCUCCCGUAAGCAAAUUAAUAAGAAGCCCAUCUCCGGCGGAGAGAUAGGUAACGCAUCAAACGAGCAUAAGGAUUCAACUGAUGACAGUAUUGCUCUAGAAAUUUCGUCGGACGGAAAGUCAUCACUUGGAACUGUUGAUGUUGCUGGUGCUUCUGCCACUGCCACUGCCACUGCCGCUGCCGCUGCCGCUGCUGGUGCUGGUGCCAGUUCGGGUGCCUCCAAAGCCUCAGCUGAAUCUUCUGCUACAUCAGGUGAUACUAAUUCGGUGGUACCUCAGCCUGCAGGAAAGGCAGGAACUUCCACAGCUGCCGUACCUCUGGUGAAUGGUCUUUCUGGUGGAGUGGAUGCUGUCCCUUCUGAACCUCCUAACCAGGUUGGAGCCAAUUCUCCACCUGCACCAACUGGUUCUGCCAAUGUACCCCGACCUCCUGGACCUCUGUCACCACCUAAACCUCCCACUUCUCCUCCUAAGCCACCUCCACCAGUGCCCCCAGGUCCCAAGGUGCCUAAACCGCCAGGUGGACCACAACAUUCAAAUGCUAAAUCUGGUGAUGGAUCGAGUGCAGCAGGAAAUGAUGCCAAUACUUCUAAAGCCAAACUAAAGCCCUUUUUCUGGGAUAAAGUUGCAGCCAAGCCAAACAGUGCAAUGGUCUGGGAUCAGAUCAAAGCUGGAUCAUUCCAGUUCAGUGAGGAGCUGAUUGAAACUCUGUUCGGGGCGUCAGUUCAAAAAAACAAGAAAACUGAUAAGAAAGAGCCAUCUGCACAGGAUCAGGGACCUCAGUAUGUUCAACUCAUUGAACCCAAGAAAGCACAAAAUUUAGCAAUCCUUUUGCGGGCAUUGAAUGUAACCACUAAAGAAGUAUGUGAUGCACUUCGUGAAGGAAAUGACCUCCCAGUUGAAUUCCUUCAGACAUUAUUGAAGAUGGCACCAACAUCCGAUGAAGAACACAAACUUAAAACAUUCAGUGGUGAAUUUUCCCAACUCGGUCUGUCCGAGCAAUUCCUAAAACAAUUGCUUGACAUCCCUUUUGCUUUUAAACGAAUAGAAGUUCUGAUUUUUAUGUGUUCUCUUAAAGAGGAUGUUUCUGCCACUAAAGAGUCCUUCGAGACAUUAGAGGUUGCUUGCAAGGAUUUAAGAGGUAGUCGCCUAUUCCUCAAGCUUUUAGAAGCUGUUCUCAAAACCGGAAAUCGCAUGAACGAUGGGACAUUCCAUGGUGGUGCAGAAGCUUUCAAGCUCGAUACGCUUUUGAAGUUAUCGGAUGUUAAAGGAGUAGAUGGAAAGACCACACUAUUGCAUUUUGUUGUCCGAGAAAUAAUACGUACUGAAGGUUUGAAAGCUGCCCGUGCUGAAAGAGAAAGUGAAAGUUUUAACAGCUUAAAAUCCAACGAUAUUCUCGAGGAUGUUUCCCAUGAUCCAGAAGACCACUACCACGACCUUGGGUUUAAGGCGGUUUCACAUCUGAGUAGUGAACUUGAAAAUGUCAAGAAAGCUGCAGCCAUUGAUGCCGAAAACUUAACAGGAACUGUUAUCAAACUCGGCCAUUCACUCCUAAAAGCACGUGAUUUCUUGAACUCGGAGAUGAAGGGUUUGGAGGAGGAUAGUGGUUUCCAAAAAGCAUUAAAGAGUUUGGUUGAGAAGGCUGAGGUUGAAGUCAAGUCAUUGAUCGAGGAAGAGAAAAGAAUCAUGGAGUUGGUAAAGAACACCGGCAAUUAUUUCCAUGGAAACGUUAAAAAAGACGAGGGUAUACGCUUGUUUGUUGUCGUACGGGAUUUCUUGGUAAUUUUGGAUAAAGUGUGUAAAGAGCUUAGAGACAAGCCGAAAAUAUCACAUAAAAAGGAGGGGUCUCAUGCAUCAUCUUCCUCCGGCUCCAGUAUUGGAUCACCUUCUCCCGAUUGCUGAGCGGAGGGUGGAAGAUUAUAGUUCUUCGUCAGAUGACGAUAAUUAAUAGUGUUCGUUUGAAGAAGGUAUGCUGUUUUUACCUUGCUACAUUAUAUAGCGAAACUUAAAACCAACACAAAUACGUGUUCCAUAAGUCAUAUUUGCUUGUGAGAUCUCUAAGUUCUGUUUUAAUGUUAUGUUGGCAAAUUGAUCAAGAUGGAAAGGGCACCAAAGCAUUGUUCUUGCGGUUUUUCAAUGAACUGAAUACAUCUAAAGUACCAAUGGAAAGAGGAUAAACGAAUGGCAUUGCUCUUCAAUGCUAUAUUUCUACAGAGCUGACAUUGCCUACGUGUGGUUGAACUUCCUUUGGUAUCGUUUUCGUGGUUCUUGUUGAUUUUCCCUUGUCAAUGCAAUAUACAAUUAUAGUUAGACUUAGAUAUAAUGAU